CCAACUUCUCUUGCACUACCACUCUCUCUCUCUCUCGGCCGCACUGUCCUAGCUAGCCUCCCCACCAAACACCUUUUCUCCUCCCUUGCUUCUGCCCCCACUCAGCCUAUUAUCCUCUCUCUCUCUCUCUCUCUCUAGCCAGCUUCCUUCACAAACCUCUUUCUCUUUCUAUCUUCCUCUACAAAUCAAAAGGACAGAGGAAAUAAUUCGGCCAUGUUCUCCCAGAUCCUCCAUAUAUAGGGUACAGGAGGUGUUGUUCUGUUCACACAUAUCACUUGGUUUGCUUCUUCCUUCCUUGUUCUCCCUCUCUACCGCUGAGUAGGCUCACUUUGAGAUCGAUCGCCGGGGAAAUGUCGUCGCCGGUCCAGUUCAACUCGGAGCAUGUUUGCUACGUCAACUGCAACUAUUGCAACACCAUUCUUGUGGUGAAUGUGCCAAACAAUUGCUCCUACAACAUUGUGACUGUUAGAUGUGGGCAUUGCACAAUGGUGCUCUCUAUGGAUCUUGGCCCUUUCCACCAAGCACGCACUGCUCAAGAAAAUCUGGUCCCAAACAGAGGAGUUCCAGCAAAUAAUUGUGGAAGUUAUGAGCCUAGUUCGAGGAACCAGCGGACAAUGGCCAUGUACCCGAUGUUGAACAAUCAGCAGCAAGUGUCACCAAUACGCCCUCCAGAGAAGAGACAGCGUGUUCCAUCUGCGUACAACAGAUUCAUCAAGGAGGAGAUACAAAGGUUAAAAUCAAGCAAUCCUGAGAUCAGCCACAGAGAGGCUUUCAGUGCUGCUGCAAAGAACUGGGCCCAUCUUCCCCGGCUCCACUUCGGCCUCAGCGUCGUCGACGGCGGGGGUGGUGGUGGCGGCAAUUAAUAGCUCGAUCAAGACCAUGCAUCCAUAUGGCGAUUGGAGACGAUGGAUAUACCUUGCGAUAUAUAUAUCGACGGCUGGUGGCAUAUCCACGUCGUCCAUCGAUCUCUUCAGUCGUAUGCGUGCAGUGUGUGUACACACACGCAUGCUAGCUCCGUUUUAAAUUACCCCGCACGUGUGCCUAGCUAAUUAAGUUUUAAUUACUAUGAUCAUGUCGUCAUCGAUUUCUCUUGGAGUAUUAUUGCACCUGUCGAUCCUGCGCUUAGAUUAUAUGCUAAAUAAAUGGAUACAUAACUGUGUUGCUUAUCUA